GAUCUCCAAGUGGUCGACCGUCUAGAGCAAGAUAUUUGCAACUUUGACUUUGACAUUGAGGCGACUGACCGUCCGCAGUGGUACUUGCAGGCCGUGUUGUGUGACCGCUACCCAGACGAGUUUUACUUGAUUUGGUCAGCCAACCAUGUUAUCACUGACGGUGUUGGAAUGCUGCAUAUCCUCAAGAGUAUCGUUGAAACGGCCAACAGCGGUGACUUUCAUCUGCGACCUGACCAACUAGUCGACUCGAUUGAACCACGCGCCUUUGAAUUAGUCUCCAAGAAAUGCCGUGAGAUGAAGGUGACAACGCACUCUGCACUCUACAACUGUAUCAUCAUGUCGCUGCUCGAGAUAUUCGGAGUGGGUCGUGCACACACGAUGGAGUUUCGCACGUCCACUCCAUUCAAUGCACGUCCCUAUUGCAAGCCUGUUGUCCCAUCGAGCGAUGUUGGUAUGUAUAUUGGGUCGAUUGUCCGCGACACGUCCAUGUCACUCGACACGAUCCACUCUGCCUUUUGGGAGCAUUGUCGCGACUAUAUGCAGUACAUCAAAACGGGACAUGUCCAAGGACUCCGUCACGUCAGUGUGUUGGAGUAUGUUGGCACCUUUCCCGAGGACUAUACACAAGGAUGGUUUGACCGCAUCAAGAGUCUCCCAAUGGGACGUGGCUGCUCGUUUAUUUUCAGCGAUGUUGGCAAGGUUGUCAUUCCCCACAAAGGCGACUCGUCCAAACAUUGGGACGUCCAGGCGCUUCACUGCUCGCAAUCCUCCUUUGUAUCGGGGUGCGGAUUCAUCGCCACUGCUAGCUCUACCAAUGUCGGUGGUCUCAAUCUAGCCAUUAGCUAUCAAAAAAUGGAUUUUACCAAACAUGAAAUCAACCUCUUGAUGAAUACUUUGAAAAAAAAUAUCUUGAAUAUUCCAUUGUACCAGCCAUCUAAAUUAUAA